AUGAAGAUCUACCUGACCAAGCCAUUGCCAGAGCGUUCGAGAGGUGUCUACCGCAACCCACAUCAUCUAGACGAACUACUCCGAAAGACGAUUCAAGAUUACCUGGACAAGGGUUUCAUCGAGAGCUGCUGGCCUGGAUUUGCCUCACCAGCCUUCUUUGUGCCCAAGGGUGACAUGGGCAUGGAUUGGAGAUUCGUGAUCGACUACCGGGACCUCAACGACGCCAGUGCAAAGAUGAAGUACCCCAUGCCUCUUUCGUACGCCGACGACAUCCUGAUCUAUUCAGAGUCGGCCGAGGAAAACGUGCGCCAGACCGAGGAAGUCAUUCGACGACUGGCAGCGGCAGGCCUACAGGGCGACAUCAAGAAGAGCUCCUUUUGCGUCACCGAGGUGGAUUACCUCGGGCUGGUGAUUAAGGCGGGGGAAGGUAUCGCCCUUGACCCUAAGAAGAAACAGGCCAUCCUUGAGUGGAGGCUGUCGGACCUAAAAUCUACGAAAGCCAUCCGAUCUUUCCUCGGAUUGGUUAACUUUGUCCGACGCUUCUCGAAAGAAGUAAGCGAGCUGGCGCACCCGCUCAACGAGCUCCUAAAAAGGGCAAUCUUCAAGAUCGGCAAGCAAGAGGAAGCGGCUUUUGAAGCACUCAAGGAAGCCCUGGUCCGAGCUCCCGGAAUGGGCUUCUGGAAGAUAGGCGCCCCGACUCGGAUAGAGACUGAUGCGUCAAAGCAUUCGGUAGGCGCCACCGCUUUACAACAACAGAACGACAACUCAUGGAAGCCGGUGGCCUACUUCUCCAAGACCUUGUCGUCAACAGAGACGGUAUGGCCUAUCCAAGACCGAGAAUUCCUCGCCAUCAUCCGCGCCCUAGAAGAGUGGAGGCCAGAGCUGGUUGGGGGCCCUUUUGAAGUAGUAACGGACCAUGAAGCUCUCAAGUACUUUGCGACAAAGCGGGUUUUAUCAUCUCGACAAGCCCGUUGGGCACAGAUUCUGUCGGAAUUUGACUACAAGAUGACAUACCGACCCGGGAAGGAGAACAUAAUUGCAGAUGCCCUGUCCCGGAAAAGCGAGAACUUCGAGACCGUCAGAGCCAGAGACCUGGAUUCCCGCACCAUGGAACUGGUCCCGAACGAUCGGGUACCCGCAGAAGUUCUCGAGGAGACACAUGUCGAAGCUGCUCCCCUAGACAUCGCGGCAAAUUCUGAGGACCGCGGCCCAGCAGUACCUGGGGAGGCACCAGCCGGAGUGUUCCUUGUGGAGCUGAUUGUCCGGGAAAAUGAGAAACAGAUUCCCAAGGAGGACCGGCGGAAGGGAGAUCGUAUCUGGACAGACACCGCCGAAAGACUGGCCAAGCGAUAUUACCGCCGCGUGUUUGGUCACCUCGGUCUACCGAAGAUUUGGCUCUCGGACAACGGACCACAGUUCAUUUCGAAAUUCAUGGCCAAGGUCAACGAGAUGACGGGAACAGAGCACAAAUUCGGCAGUGCCUACCAUGCGCAGACUCAAGGAGGCGUGGAGAUUACCAACCAGUAUCUUGACCAACGCUUGACGUUUUACGUGUCGUAUUUUCAAGACGAUUGGAGAACGAUCAGCCAAUUUGAAGAGAAGAGGCUGGUCAACUGA